GACCCGAGUUAGCGGAGCCGGCGGACGGACAGGCGGACAGGCGGACGGGCUGCGGACCAUCCGGACAACAAAGCCCGGGAGGGAGAGCGGCUGGCGGGCAGGAGGGCAGGGGCAGGGACAGGGCAGGGAUGGAGCGGUGCGGCGCCGGCCUCCGGCACCAGGCUCGUUGCGGCAUCCGACACUGAGGUAACGGACCGGCCUUUGUGAACGGCGGCGAGGGUCGCGGGCCCGGGCCACGCCUGACCCGACCCGACCCUUCACACCCCGGACCCUAGGCCAUGAACUUCCAGUCUCCGCCGGCGCUGCUGGCCGGCUCCCCGGGCUCAGGCUCCGGCUCGGGCUCGGGCUCCGGGGGCUCGGGGCUGGGUCCGCCCGGCGGGGCCCUGGCGCUCAGCUGCGGCUCCGGCUCCGGCUCCAUGCCCGUGUUGUCGCACUCGGGCUCGGCGUCCGCCGGCGCCCCGGCGCUCUCCAACUCGGCGGCCAUCCGCGCCGAGAUCCAGCGCUUCGAGAGCGUCCACCCCAACAUCUACGCCAUCUACGACCUGAUCGAGAGGGUCGAGGACGUGGGGCUACAGAACCAGAUCCGAGAGCAUGUCAUCAGCAUCGAAGAUUCAUUUGUCAACAGUCAAGAAUGGACGCUGAGCCGGUCCGUGCCCGAGCUGAAAGUGGGAAUCGUCGGCAACCUGUCCAGUGGCAAAUCUGCUCUUGUUCACCGAUACCUGACUGGGACCUACGUACAGGAGGAGUCACCUGAAGGCGGUCGGUUUAAGAAGGAGAUCGUGGUUGACGGACAGAGCUACCUGUUGCUGAUCCGGGAUGAAGGGGGGCCACCCGAGGUGCAGUUUGCCGCCUGGGUGGAUGCGGUGAUCUUCGUCUUCAGUCUGGAGGAUGAGAUCAGUUUCCAGACGGUCUACAACUACUACAUGCGCCUCUCCACCUACCGCAACACAGCAGAGAUCCCCAUGGUGCUCGUGGGCACCCAAGAUGCCAUCAGUGCGACCAACCCUCGGGUGAUCGACGAUGCUCGUGCACGGAAGCUGUCCAACGACCUGAAGCGCUGCACGUACUACGAGACCUGCGCUACCUACGGGCUCAACGUGGAGCGUGUCUUCCAGGAUGUGGCUCAGAAGAUCGUGGCGUUACGGAAGAAGCAGCAGCUAUCGAUUGGACCCUGCAAGUCUCUGCCGAACUCUCCCAGUCACUCCUCCGUUCCCAACGCCUCCAUCCCAUCCAUGCACAUCAACCAGGCUGCUAACGGAGGGGUCUUCAGUGACUACUCCUCGUCAGUCCCAUCCACGCCCAGCAUGAGCCAGAAGGAACUGCGAAUUGAGACAAUCGCCGCGUCCAGCACUCCCACCCCCGUCCGCAAGCAGUCCAAACGCCGGUCCAAUAUCUUCACAUCUCGGAAGGGCAGUGACACAGACAAGGACAAGAAGAGCCUGGAUGGUAAAACCGACAACAUUGGGAGUGGACGAGCUAUCCCCAUCAAACAGGGGAUUCUGCUGAAGCGCAGUGGGAAGUCACUCAACAAAGAAUGGAAGAAGAAGUACGUGACACUCUGUGACAACGGCGUGCUGACCUACCAUCCCAGUUUACACGAUUACAUGCAGAACGUCCAUGGCAAGGAGAUCGACCUGCUGCGAACCACAGUGAAAGUACCGGGCAAGCGCCUGCCCCGAGCCUCGGCCGGCAACGCUCCCGGCGCCAGCCCCAAGACCAACGGCCUGACCAAGGACAGGAGCAACCUGCAGCUAGCGGCCAGCCAAGACGUGGAGGAAAGCUACGAGUUUGUCAUUGUGUCGUUGACCGGCCAGACCUGGCACUUUGAGGCGUCUAGUUGUGACGAGAGGGAGUCGUGGGUGCUGGCCAUCGAGAGCCAGAUCUUCGCCAGCCUACAGUCCUGUGAAAGCAGCAAAAACAAGUCUCGACUAGGAAGCCAGAGUGAUGCAGUCGCCAUCCAGUCCAUCCGUAAUGUGCGGGGGAACAGUUUCUGCGUUGACUGUGACACACCUAAUCCAGAUUGGGCCAGCUUGAACCUGGGAGCGUUGAUCUGCAUAGAAUGUUCCGGCAUCCACCGGAACCUGGGCACCCACCUGUCGCGGGUGCGCUCGCUGGACCUGGACGACUGGCCCGUUGAGCUGAUCAUGGUGAUGACCGGAAUUGGCAACGCCAUGGCCAACAGUGUGUGGGAGGACUCCACACAGGGGCUGGCCAAACCCUGCCAGGACAGCAGCAGGGAGGAGAAGGAGCGGUGGAUUCGGGCCAAGUACGAACAGAAGCUGCUGCUGGCAUCUCUGCCACAGUCAGACAUCCCGCUAGGGCAGCAGCUGCUGCGGGCGGUGGUGGAGGAUGACCUGCGGCAGGUAGUGCUGCUCCUGGCUCACGGCACCAAGGAGGAGGUGAACGAGACGUACGGGGACGGAGAUGGCAGGACUGCGCUGCACCUCUCCUCUGCCAUGGCCAACGUGGUCAUCACACAGCUUCUCAUAUGGUACGGGGUGGAUGUGAAGAGCCGAGAUGCGCGGGGAUUAACGCCGCUGGCCUACGCUCGCCGUGCCGGGAGCCCGGAGUGCAUCGAGAUCCUCACACAGUACGGAUGCCCCGGGGACAACUUCAUUCCCAUCCCCACUCCCAACCUGGCCCGAAGGAACACCAACCUCAACAACAACGCAGGGCUGGAGCUGAACCGUAGCGCAUCCAUUAUCUGACACGGCAGAAACAAUUGGGGAAACCCUCCCUGACCCUCACACCCUGCUCCCCCCUCCCACCUCCCCCCCCCCCUCCACUCCCUUUCUGACCCCCACACUUUGCUCCCCCUCCCCUUGCUCCCCCACCCCCAAACCACACCCUCUGCUCCCCCAACCCAUGAUCUCCUUCCACCCACUACUCUCCCUCCCAGCCUCAACCCGUCCCUGCUCCCCUCUCCCCCUGCUAACCUCCUCCCCUCCCUUCCAUGGCCACCCUCCCGUCUCGCCCCGUCCAAACCCCUCCACCUCCCAGCCCCACCCUGUCCUUCCCAUCUCCCAUCCCAUCCCAUCCCAUCCCACCAUCAUCUGAUACACCAGCACCUGGGAGCCACUGGGCCCAGCUUUGCCAUGUCAUCAACCCCUCUUCCCGUGUCCCAUCCAACCCCUCCCCUCCCCUCCCACCCCUUCCUUGACCUUCCCUCCCCCUCCCCCGCCCACGUCCCCUCCUACCCCCCAAGAACGUUGCAGUGUCAGCAGGAAUCUGGGGCUAUUGGGUCUCCCAGCGUGGGGAGAGGCUCUUCCCCUCCUCUACGGCUCUCCCAGGGGGGGGGGGUUGGAAAACAGCCUGCAGAGACCCUGCCCUCUCAACAAUGACCCUCCCUCACCCCCUCCACCCCCCCUCACCCACCCCUCCCUCACAGCUCACCCCCACCUAAUGCCCUUUGCCCCUCCCUCCUCACCCCCACUCACUCCCCCUCAACCACACCCCCCCCCCCACAGCUCAUCCCCAUCCUCACCCCGCACCCCUAAAUCUGACGUGAGUGGGGGUGGGGGGGUGCCAUGACAGGAGGACCCAGCAGGUCCCAUGAGGUCUCAGCAGUGACAGGAGACUGGACACCGGGUCCAUGGGCGCAGUGCCGUGUCCACACCGUCUGGCCCGAGGAAUCACACUCACUGAUCCCUGGGCGGCAGCAAAGGGCAAGGGCGGCCCUGAGGGUUGUUGGUGCACUCUCUGUAGCACACUCACUGUGCACCCGUGGUGCACACUCACUGUUCACACUCUUGCAUACUCAUUAUGCACACUAACUGUGCGCACACACAGCGCACACUCACUGCACAAUCACUUCAUAAUCACUGUACACACGCGGUGUGCGCUGAAUGUGAGCACUCUUGUGUACAGCCGCACGGCACAGUGAGCACUCGUUGCACACUCACUGUGCACACACAUUGCACACUCUGAACACAAAUGCCGCACACUCGCAUUGCACAUUCAUGUUGCCUUUGCGACGCGGGGCUCUCUGCCGAGGUCUGAGGGCCGUGCCCGGGGUUGCGUGGGAUACACUUAAUUGGUGAACACUCCCACAGCCCUGCGUUCCCCCCCUCCCCCUCCCACAGCCCUGCGUUCCCCCCCUCCCCCCCCC